CCUCAACAUCAACGUCACGUGAUAAUACUUCUUUUGGCCGCACCACUGCUUCACCAGUGAUUCCUGUGAAACAGCCUGCGACUCCCGUAAGCCGCAUUCCGUCCGAACGCACUCUAUCAGAGGACCGAUCGAACCGCGUCACACCGGGUUCUUUCUCAUCCACUGCAAAGUGUACGCCCUCCGUUUCUGUGGUACCUUCAUCACCCAGGCCUCUAAGUGGUGUGGUGUUCAGUAUCAGUGGCUACCAGAAUCCUCUACGCAGUGAACUUCGAAGAAAAGCUUUGGAUUUAGGAGCUAACUUCCGCCAGAAUUGGACUUCUGAUUGCACACAUCUGAUCUGUGCUUUUGCGAAUACUCCGAAAUUCAAGGAAGUCAGAGGCAAAGGCAUCAUUGUCUCCGACAAGUGGAUUGAAGAGUGUCACAGAACUCGAACCAAGGUGAACUGGAGGCCGUAUCGCGUUGGUCGAGCACCGAGUCCUCCAGUUUUGACUGCAGAAUCAGCCUAUGCUUCUGAUGCCAACGGAUCUGAAUCAUCGACAAAUUCUGCGAAGAAGUCUGAGGUUUUUCGAAGGUUUCCAAAGCGGAAGCGAAAAGAUGACGACGAGGAAUGGAAUCCGGGAAGUUCCGAUCCUGGCGACCAGAGUGACGAUGAUGAAAUGGAUGUGGAGGAGGAAGUUGAGUCCGAAACAGCGGAGGGUACUGAUUCCGAGGACGUAUCACGACACACUCGGGACAAGAGACGUAAGGUUACAGGAAAUCACCCCAAAUCUCAAGGUUUCACGAAACCGCCAAAGAUGCAACGGGACCAACCAAGGAGUGGGAAGCUGAAUCCCAGCGAGGAGGACACAGAUGACGAAAUAGAGAGAGUCCUCCAUCCAACAUCCGGCAAUGCCGUAGUCACGACUUCGACUGAAAACCCCAGUAAAGAGCCCUGCUCCCCAGCAACCGGUUUUCUCACCGAGCUGCCGGAUAUAUUCGAGGGAAAGCACUUCUUCGUUCACGCCAUUGACAUUCCUGACGAAGAGGAUCGUCUGAUCCGCAGACUCAUCGUCGCUUUCGCCGGGUUCAAACAUUCAGCAGUUCUCUUGAGUUGGUCGGCGGAUCUGAUUGUCUUCUUUCACCUUAACACAAUGACAAAAUUGAGCAACAACGACGGUUACACAAGAAAAGGACAGAAAAACAACUCGGAUUCGUUAGUUAGCUAGAUUCGCAAUGAAUCGACUGCAAUUGGGCCGCUUGCUAUAUCCUAUCGGAGAACAUUUGUAACCACUAAUGCGAGCGACCUUGUGGG